UCGGAUUUGGGUAACGCGCUAGGGGCGGGGCUUGGCUUGAAAGAGCGUCCGGUGGGGUUAGUGGCGUGCGCGCUCUCGGGGAGCUGGGCACGCGCUCCGGGUGCCGGUUGGCGAGCGGUGGUCGGCUGGCCGCGGCCGGGAUGUACCACAGCAGCACGCAGAGGCGGCACUGGACCUUCCGCAGUGAGGAGGACCUGGGCCGCUGCCGAGCCGACGCCAACCGCCAGUUCCGCUGCAAAGCGGUGGCCUGCGGAAAGGCUCGGCAGAGCGACUCGCUGCUUCUGGAGCCCCGGGAGGAGCUGAUAAUCUGUAAAUAUUAUGAGAAGAAACUGCUGGAUUUCUGCUCCGUGUUCAAACCUGCCAUGCCCAGAUCCGUGGUGGGAACAGCGACUAUGUACUUCAAACGUUUUUACCUCAAUAACUCAGUGAUGGAGUAUCACCCUCGAAUAAUAAUGUUAACAUGUGCAUUCUUGGCAUGUAAAGUAGAUGAAUUUAAUGUGUCCAGUGCACAGUUUGUUGGUAACCUUCGAGAGAACCCUCCAGGUCAGGAGAAGGCUCUUGAACAGAUUUUGGAAUAUGAAUUACUACUUAUUCAGCAGCUGAACUUCCAUCUUAUAGUGCACAACCCUUAUAGACCAUUUGAGGGAUUUUUAAUUGAUUUGAAGACUCGUUAUCCAUUGCUGGAGAAUCCUGAGGUCUUGAGGAAAACAGCUGAUGACUUUCUCAAUCGAGUAGCUCUGACAGAUGCCUAUCUUCUAUUUACACCUUCACAAAUAGCUCUCACUGCCAUCUUAUCUAGUGCUUCCAGGGCAGGAAUUAAUAUGGAAAGCUAUUUAUCAGAAUGUCUUCUGUUGAAAGAAAACAGAACAUCUCUGUCCCAGUUACUAGAUGGAAUGAAAUGCAUGAAAAAUCUCAUAAAGAAGUAUGAACCACCACGGCCUGAGGAGGUUGCCGCUCUAAAGCAGAAGUUAGAGAAAUGUCACAGCUCAGAACUUGCUCUUAAUGCAAACUUAAAGAAGAGGAAGGGCUAUGAAGAUGAUGAAUAUAUUACAAAGAAAUCUAAAAUGGAUGAGAGAUCAUAGGAGCUGCAGAGAAAGAAGCAGAGGUUCAAAUGCAGAAAACCCUCUGCUGCCUCCUCAUCUACUGCACAACCUCAAGGCAUCAAGUUUGACUUGCUGACUGCCAUACGGAGUUUCUGGAGGAUCAGUACCCUUCCUUCAGUUUUUGAGCCCUGGAAUCUAUUACGCUAGUGCUGGGUCUUGGAGAUAACCAUUCAAUUUUUCCAGUUCCUUCCAACCCUCCACUUUUUCGCAUCCCUGUUCAGGGACCCUUCAUGAGAUUCUGCUAAAGCAAGAAGUGUACUCUCUUCUAAAUCUCAGAGCAGUGGAAGAAGUGUCCUUGGAGUUCAGAAGGAAGAUGUCUUACUCCCACUUUUUUUCUUAUCCUGAAGAAGUAGGGCUAGUAUCUAAUUAAUUAAUUCUAGAUUUGAGCUGCCUCCACAAGUUCAUCCACUGUUUCAAAUUCAGGAUGGCAACCCCAUGCCUCUCUAAUCCAUUCAUUAGAUCCAAGACUGGUUUGUAGUUCUUGACUUACAAGAUGUAGAUUUUCAUGUAUCAAUUCACUUGCCACCUAGUCCAAGUGGGAGCAUCUCACUACCAGUAGCGUCCUGUCCUUUGGUCUCUCAGCAGCACAAAGUGUAUUCAAGUGCUUGGGAGUCAUGGCAGCUCACCUGAGGCAGCAAGGGAUCCAGGUAUAGCCUUACCCUGAUGACUGACUAAUUCUAGGAUGAUCACUGCAACAGGUGAACAAUCCUGUCUUUUCAUCUCACUGGGACUCAGGAUCAAUGAAGUCUAAUCAUGGUUGCCAACCCAAAGAAUAGAUUGCACAGGGCCUGUGUUAGAUUACAGAUCAGCAAGAGCUUACUGUGAGAGAGGAUCCAGACCAUAGUGGACCUCACCCACCAUUUGUAGGCUCACCUACAGCCAUCUUUGAAUGUGCCACAGACUCUUGGGUCAUGUGGCUUCCUGCACUUGUUAUUGCAGAAUACCAGACUUCAUUUAUGUUCCUUGCCAGCCUGUUUGAAAUAUGUAUCUACCCAACAGACAUUUCCAAGGCAUGAGGAUGCAGGUUCCCUGAGAAGAACUCUCCAUUGUUAAGUUGGUGGAAGGACCCUUUCCAG